ACUCUUGAUUGUAAAAUGAACGAAGAUAAUUGCUCCCUUGAUUUUGAACAUUCAGUGGAAACAAUGUUAUCAGUUGAAUCUACAGUACCUGUUGUCAAGCACGUUCUUGACACAUAUGCAGAUGUUUGUGCGAAAAUCACAGAACACGAAAUGUUGCACACAGUACAUUAUGUCGUUACUUGUACAGAGUUGUUUAAGAAAGAGCAUAAGUUAUUUUAUGAGGACAAAGAUUUGGCCUACACAGGAGUACCAUUCAUUGUGUCAACACUGGCGAAACGUGACUGUCAGCAUGGAAAAGACAGAAAUCUUAAAAAAAAAGCUCAGUACAAGAAAAAUAAAAAUGAACAAGCUAGUACAGAUCACUAUUGCCAAAAAAAUAGAGUCAUUCUUCAGGAUACCAAAAAAUUUGAUUGUCCUGCUAUGGUUUAUAUAAAAGAAAUUGUUGAAUUUCCAGAGUUUAAGCUUCAAAAAAAUUCAGUACGGUUAAGAAAAGAAACAUCAAAAAAACUUCGUGUAGCCUUAGCUAACCCUGAAAUUUUACUUAAGCGCAGAAAGUAUAUCUUAACAUUGCCUGAUAUUUCUGUUCAUAAGAACCAUGUAGUUGGUGAUAAUGCAGGUCUCAGUCAGCCCAUUUCUGAGGAUCUCAUUGUAAAAAUUUCUGAGCUAGUUAAAAAAGGUGUUAACACUGUAUCGGAAAUGAGACGGCAUCUUGAGUUUUUUGUUCAAGCAGAAUUUACUCCCAAUAAUAAUCUACAAAGCACAAACAAGCGUUUCUUUCCAAUAGAUAAGACCAUUCGAAAUCAUAUGCUCAAUGCAAGGAUAAAGCUUCGCAGAUCUUUGAUAGAUCAAGAAUGUUUGCAUGAUAAAAUAAAUGAAUGGCAAAGAACCUUUCAAAAAGCAAUGAUAAAGUUUAGACCAAAAGGUGUAAACAUUGUUGAUGGUAAUGAUCCUGAACUUAAGGAUUCAUUGUUGUUUAUCUAUCAAGAUAUGUGGCAAAAAAGAUUACUUUUGCGAUACGGAACUGAGCUUAUUUUUCUUGAUGCAACAUAUCGCACAACAAGGUAUGCUCUACCCCUUUUUUUUCUGGUUGUUAAAACAAACAUUGAUUAUCAGGUUGUUGCUAUUUUUGUGUGUGAAAAUGAAACCACAUCUGCUAUCACAGAAGCAUUAUUGUGCAUUAAAAAAUGGAACCCUACGUUUCAACCAAAGUUUUGUUUAACUGAUUACUCAAAUGAAGAAAUAAGGUCACUGGAAGCAGUGUUUCCAGGGUGUAAUGUUUUAAUUUGUGACUUUCAUCGAGAGCAAGCUUGGGAGAGGUGGCUUUCUAAAACUGCUAAUGGAUGUUGUAUUGUUAAAGAUGCAGUUAAGUUAAAACUGCAUAAAAUCGCUCAUGCAACUACUGAGGAAAUUUGCCAAAAUGCUAUUGACACAUUAAAAGAUUCAGAAGAGUGGAAAAGCAACCCAAAACUAGCAGAAUAUUUAAAUAGUACUUGGUUAUGUAACCAAAAGAGAUGGGUGUUUGCUUUUCGACGACAUCGUUUAUUGCAAAAUAUUAAUACUAACAAUGGUACUGAACGACUAAACCAAUCUUUGAAAUACAGUUUUUUGGAGAAAAGAAAAAAUUCUUCUCUGACAUCUAUGCUUAGCAUUUGUAUAGAGGAAUUUCUUCCUUACAAUUAUGAAAACUAUGCUGAUAAAAAUAGGAGAGCACAUUCAUCUUACAGAAAAUAUAAGGAUAACAUUCCAGUAUAUUUGACAAAUCGUCCACAACCUUUAGUAAAACAUUGCAUGAAAAUGAUAGACAAAGUAAUAAGCAUGGAUUUGGUCAGAGUUACUGCAGUAACAAACAGAUUAUACAAUGUUGCUUCAUUCCAGAGUAAUAGUAGAGAAACCUACCAAUGUUAUCUUGGUGAUGCAAAACACUUGCCAAGUUGUUCGUGUUCUGCUUGGUUAUAUAGUGCAUAUCCAUGUAAGCAUUUUUUUGCCAUUUUUAUUAAAGAAAAUCUGUCGUGGUCUGAUUUUGAUCCCUCCUAUGGAGAUUCAGCAUAUUUCGUGCUUGAUCCAUUGCAAGAUGCAAAGAAUUUUUUAGAUUUGGCUUCAAACAAUACAUCAGUAGGUAUGAAUAGUCUUGUAGAUGAAAAACCAUUGGAUCAAUCUGUGCCACCUGAACAUAAUCAGUCAUUACACGGUUUUUGUUCUAUAGAUAUGAAAGUCUCCAAUCCUGAUCAAAAUUUAGCACAUGGUCUUCCACAGGCAAGACAUACACCAGCAGCAUGUCGUGAGCUCCUAAAUGCAAUAAUAAAUAUGACGCAUUUAUGUGACUCUCAAAUAGCAAUAGACAAUUUGUUUGAUGAGCUUUAUAAAGUUAAAAUAACCUUUGCAGAAACUCUUAAGAGAGAGCAAGGGGUUAUCCUGCUUCCGGAUAAAAAACCAGAAACUUGGAUCAAGUCGGAUACAAAUUUACCACAUCUUGUUAAUCUUCCUGUUCGACACAAAAGGAAAAUCCCCAAAAGAGUUGGUGUAAAGUUUGACAUGAUCAAGGCAGCUUCGAAUAUUGACGUGAUAUCUAAAGUAAAAAAUGAACCUUGUGUGACCGAGAUUUGUACUAAUCAUGUACUUGAAGAAAAUUGUGAAAUGUUUACAGUACCCAAUGAAUCGAUAAAAAUUGAAAGUAGUGUAUGCAAAGUAGAAGUAAGAUCUGAUAUUCGUCAGGAGUUUGAUGAAGCCAACUUUGUUAAUGAUAAUUUCCAACUUAAUAGGGAUAUUCAUCAUCUGAAAUGCUCAUUAAUUGGAGAUUUAGAAAGGAAUGACAUAGAAAAAGGAAAAAUGCUAAAUGAUAAUGUCAUUCACUUUUUUCAACAAUUGAUGUCAAAUCAGUUUAACAUUUCUAUUGGUUUGCAAGAUCCGAUCAAAGGAAAAGUUAUGUCGUUUGAUAUAUGUCCGAGUGAUCCAUUUGUACAAAUUCUUCAUGAUGGAAAUCUACAUUGGAUUUGCGUUACAACAUACGAUUGCAAGCCUGGGGAGAUAUAUAUUUUUGACAGUCUUUUUCAUGGUUCAAUAAGUAUUGCGACAAAAAGGCAAAUAUGCUCUAUCUUACGCUGUCCAAAAAAAAAAAUUGUUAUUAAAGUUUUACCAAUUCAACAGCAAACAAAUGGUGUAGAUUGUGGUCUAUAUGCAAUUGCAUGGGCUCGACAAGUACUUGAAGCAAAUAAAAUACCGCCAAGUACUCUUAUGUUUGAGCAAAGUAAGAUGAGGAUUCAUCUUCUUAACUGUAUACUAAACAACCAGUUAGAUGUCUUCCCAACUGCCGUUACUCCUUCUAUGUUUAGAAGAUGUGUAGGAAAAAACUUCCAUAUUCCUCUGCAUUGUUCAUGUCGCAUGUUUUGGAUCGUUGAAGAUGAACACAUUUUUAACAGGCAAAUGGCUCAAUGCUGUACUUGUAAAAAAUGGUUUCAUCGUGAAUGUCAAAAAAUUCCACUGUGUGCUUACGAAAAGGAAGAUGCAAUAUGGAACUGUCAUAAUUGCCAGAUGCACACAACAUAAAACUGAGGUUUGAUCUGUUAAUAAAUGUCACAAGUUGUUAAGGUAACCCGAUAUAUUAGACUGUUGAAAUUGUAGUUGGUUAUUGUUUCAAAGGUUAUUAUAUUGUGUAAAAGUAUGGUCAUAGGUAUGGAGCUAUGUUUUUUUAUGUACAUUUUCAUUGUUGCAGGUUAUAUUUUCAAAAUCUCAAUUUUAUAUGCAGCUACACAGUAGAUUUUUUAUUUAUAAAAAAUUUUACAUUUUAACUAAUUAAGUUUUGCAAAAUACAGUAUGUUUUAAUAUUCUAUGUUUCUUCUUUAUCGCUGAAAUGAAAUUUGAUGCAAUAGUGGCAUUUCAGUUGCUGUUACUAUAACGCAUAAAGCUUGGAAAUAAUGGCACUUGUUAUUGGAAAUGCAUGUAGCUUGGUGAUAAUACCAGCAAUCCGAUUGUUAUUGGAAAUGCAUAUAGCUUGGUAAUGAUACCAGCAAUCCGAUUGUUGUUAUUGGAAAUGCAUAUAGCUUGGUGAUGAUACCAGCAAUCCAAUUUUUGUUAUUGGAAAUGCAUAUAGCUGGGUCAUGAUACCAGCAAUCCAAUUGUUGUUACUGGAAAUGCAUAUAGCUUGGUGAUGAUACCAGCAAUCCAAUUUUUGUUAUUGGAAAUGCAUAUAGCUUGGUCAUGAUACCAGCAAUCCAGUUAUUGUUAUCGGAAAUGCAUAUAGCUUGGUCAUGAUACCAGCAAUCCAGUUAUUGUUAUCAGAAAUGCAUUUAGCUUGGUCAUGAUACCAGCCUUCUAACUGUUGUUACAAAUGCAUAUACCUUACCUUUUUUUGUACUAACAGUCAUUAUUGGCGCCAUGAACUGCAAGUUUUCCGUAUAAAUCUGUUAUUACAGUCCCGUAUUGCACCAUCGCACAGUGUUUUGUCUAAAUGGCGCAAGCCAUUUAUAAGUAAUUAUAACGUGAAUUUUUAAUGAUUUGUGAAUAAAUACAUUUUCAAA